AUGGUUCACGCCGUUCUUCCGCCCUCAAGGCCCGCAACGUCACGGACGUCUCUUGCUCCCGAUGUGGAACAUGCGAGCAUUCCCUUAUCGUCCACCUCUCACCCCGACAACCCGGUUCCCGAGGAGCCUCGUGGCGUUCGAUCGCUAUCUAUCACUGAUAUAAACUUCACCAACUUCACCGUCUCCGCACCUUCGUCGCCAGAGACUGAUACUACCAGUUCUGAGUCGGCGUCGAGUGUCCAGACUCCCGCCACUGAUAUUCAAUCCGAUGCUGAGGAAUUGAUCCCCGAUGGCCCUGAAAAGCAGCGACGGGCAUCCACCGUGCUCAUCUCCCAGAAUUCCGAUGAUAUGAGACGUAUCCUGGAAAAUGUUGGAUCCAGUGGCACACAAAAACUCCAGCCUCUAUGCUGUGGUGGUGGGUGCUGUCGCAGCCAGCCAUUGAGGGGCAUUGCUGCUCCUGUGGUCGGAGUGAAGCCCGUCACUCCUCCCGAUAACAAGGCGUAUCAGUGCCUUAACCUCAGAGUUGACUAUCUCACAUUGGACAGCGAUUUGAGCAACGUCGCCCCUCUGCCUGAGAAGACUGUCUCCUUCUCGCCUGUCCCGGCUUCGGCAGUGGAUAUGAAAAUGGGACCAGCAGACCAUCCUCCUUCCUUCGUUCAGCCUCACCCCCCGUACAAUGUCUACCGAGCGCCUUUGUAUCAUGCGCGCGAGCUGACCCAGUCUGGUGCGGAGAAGAGAACUUAUCAUUUCGACAUUGACGUCACCGACUACCCUGCCGAAAGUGGUAAUGUUGACUUCAUUGUGGGUGGUGCCAUUGGAGUGUGCCCCAAGAACAAGGACGAGGAGGUGGAUGAUAUCUUCAACCAGCUCGGUGUUCCUAAGUUUAUGCGUGACAAGAAGAUCACUGUUCGCACUGAGAAGGGCCGUUGGCCCACUAUCUGGGGUGACGACCAACCCCGUGAGUUGAUCACAAGCCGGAGAGAGCUGUUGAACUGGUGCUCCGAUAUUCAGAGUUACGCCCCCACCAAGGAUCUGUUCCGCUUGCUGGGUGAAUAUGCCAGUGAACCCAACGAGAAGAAGAUUCUCAUGUUUCUUGCUUCCGCUCAAGGCCAGGGUGCCUUCUGUGAUCUGCGCACUAGUUCUCACAUCACCGUCUCCCAGCUCCUGCACGCCUUCCCCUCCUCUCACCCUCCCUUGGAUCACCUCCUCUCUGUCCUGAACACUCUCAUGCCCCGCUUCUAUUCCCUUUCCCAGGACCCUCUCCUUUCCUGCAAGCAGAAGGGGUCGGAGACCCGGCGUGUGGUCGAAGUGGCGGUCAGUGUGGCAGAAUCUAAGGACUGGAAGGGUGGCCUUCGGACUGGUGUAGGAUCUGGCUACCUCGAGCGUGUCGCACGACAGUUGAUCGAGGCCGAAAAGAAGGGCAUCGACCCACGGACUCUUAACCUUAGCGUGCCCAUGUUCCGAGGCCUGAUGGCGAACCCUCUGGCCAAGCGGUUCGCAUCCGACGGCCCAAUGCUCCUGAUCGGAGCGGGUGUUGGCAUUGCCCCGUUCCGCGGAUUCGUGCAGCGACGCCUGCAGUCCGCCAACUGCGCCAACAAGGUGUGGGUGUUGCAGGGAGUUCGCGACUCCCUGUUGGACGAGCUCUACCGUGGUGAGUGGGGCGUGGAAGAAGAAAAGGUCCGCACCGUCGUCCAGAGCCGUCGCGGCGAGAGCAAGUACGUUCAGGAAGAAGUCCGUAACCAAGCCGAUCUGGUCUGGUACGUGAUCAACGCCCUGGACGGUCGUGUCUUCGUCUGCGGUAGCGGCAAGGGUAUGGGCGAGGGUGUCGAGGCCGCCCUGGUCGAUGUAGCCAUGGCCAAGGGUAACCUCAACAUGGAAGAAGCGACGUUGUUCUGGGACAACAAGAAGGAGGCAGGACAGUAUAUUGCCGAAACCUGGUAA